CGUGAGGCACAAUACAGACUCUUCUUCACUCUUAUGGCUAUAGCCUCUUCUUCUUCUUCUCCUUCAACUUCUUCUUUUGCUUUUUUUUCUUAGAUUUUCAUAGCUUUGAGAUUUUAUCGAGUUUGAGAGAGCUUUUGAGGGUUUCUCUUCUUCAGUACUAAGUUAGUGUGUGUUUUUACAUACAGGAGAAGCUUUGCUAGCCCUAGUGUAAAUCAGCUGGAUAGAUCUGUUUCAGCUUUGAUCUGAGCUUGGUGUUUUGUGUGGAUUUAAGCUUCAAAGGCGAUGGACCUAUUACGAGGUAGCAAAACCAACUGUAAAUUCUCACUUGGGAGACCGAGAUUUGGAUCUAUCAAGGUUAAAAUCCCAAGGAUUCAACAUGAGGAAGGUAAAGGGGUAGAAGAAGAUGAUGAAGCUAAAAACAUCGGUCUCGAGGAAGAAGAAGAUGAUCAUGAAGCUAAGAGUAUGGAUCUAGAGGAAGGUGACGUGGAAGAAGAAGAAGAGGAAGAAGAUGAAGAGAAGAAGAAGCAUCAUGUAUGUAGUGAAUGUGGUAAAAGGUUUAGCUCAGGUAAAGCUUUAGGAGGUCACAAACGGAUUCAUGCGCAGUACUCAAUGGUGCAGAGACCAAAGAUGGUGUCUGGUAUGGUUGGUAGAUCUGAAAGAGGUGAGUUAGAAGUGGCUUGUUGUGUUUGUUACAAGAAGUUUACAUCAAUGAAGGCUUUGUAUGGACACAUGAGGUAUCAUCCAGACAGAGGGUGGAAAGGAGUUUUGCCUCCUCCUCCUCCUCCUCCUCUUCCUCAUCCACUUGGUAACUCUUCGUCUUCUACACUCUCUAUUGAUGAUCAUGAUGAUGAGUUCAUAAGCUCGGAUUAUGAUGAUGAUGAUAAUGAUUUUGAUGAUGAUGAUGAUGAUGAGAACUCGGAGCUAUGGGAUAACAAUUUGGAAUCUGAAAACGUUGUUGACCUUAAGGAAUCGUUUAAAGGAUGGUCUACUAAAGGAAAGAGAGGAAGGAGAAGUGAUUUGAAGGUUGAUGAAUCUGAUUUGAAGGAUCAACCACAGGAAGAUAUGAAUGAUGCUAAUAACCUAUUGUUCUUAGCUACUACUGCAGAAGAAGCUGCUAAUCUUAAUGUAGCAGAGACUUAUAAUUCGCAUUCGGUUGAAGAGAAAGAUCUGGAAAUGGUUAAGAAGAGGAAGAAGAAGAAGAAAAGUUUGUCUGAGAUGGAGAAAGAGUCAUCAUCUACUCAUCAUGAUCAUCAUCAGCUUGCGGUUGUUGCUGCUGCAGCUGAGGAAGGUGGUGCUGCUGCUGGUGUACGUGAGAAGCACGUGUGUGUUACUUGCAACAAGUCGUUUUCUUCUUAUCAAGCUUUAGGAGGUCAUAGAGCAAGUCACAACAAGGUCAGGGUAUUGGAGAAUCAUCUAGCUAGGGCAAACGCUGAAGCUUCAUUACUUGGAAUCGAAGCAAUAGUAACCGGUUUAGCUAGUGCUCAGGGAUCAAACACAUCUAUAAGCAGUAGUAACAAUGGAGAUCACAUAUGUAAUAUUUGUCAUAGAAGCUUCCCAACAGGUCAAGCUCUUGGAGGUCACAAGAGAUGUCAUUGGACUGGACCAGUUUCUACUGAGGCUGCAACCGCGGCUCCAACAGCUGCUCCAACUACUGCUCCAGCAGAAGCGUCUUCUAGUCAAGCUCAAGCAACAGAGAUAGUGCAAGAGGUGAAGAAAUUGAAGAGAAGUUUUUUGGAGUUUGACUUGAAUGAGUUGCCACCUCAUGAAGACGAGGAAGAAGAAAGAGUCUAAGAGACGUACAUAUGCAAGCAAAGUAAGCCUUUAACUUGAAAAAAAAAAAACUAUUAAAUUAGGAAGUAUAAUGAUGGUAUAAAGGAGUUGUUGACAUUGUAGUCUUGAAAAAAAAAAACAGAAAGAUAUUUUGAUUUUGGGUUCUUGAAGUACUUUGGUGGUUUGGCUUUUAAUCUAAUUUGGUGGGGUCUUUUGUUAAUUUGAUGAGAGGAUAUUAUAACUCUUUUGUUUUCUUCUCUCAAGCUUUGAUAUUUUUUUGUCUUCUAUCUUUCUGUAUUAUGCUUUUGGAUUCACAUAAAGCAUGAUAGUUUUAAUU